UCAUUUUCCCAUGUUCUUCUACAUUUUCAGAACACCCCAAAAUGGCACACAAAUCUUUGGCAUUGGUGAUGCUUAUGAUUUCAGUUCUGAAUCCGGUCGUGAAAUCUCAAAAUCAACAGGAAUCAAGAAUACCAGUCAUUCUCGCCCCUGAUCCAUUUGAAUUUAAUGUGUCCGAAUAUCAAUAUACAGGAUACAAAGUGGGUUCAUUUGAUGCUACCAGGAGCUACUUUGUGCUGCCUUGUUUCAGUAUUAAUACAAUGACAGACAUGUUUCGAAUACCGGCCUGUACGUUCGAGGAUAAUGACAGUGUCUAUCUUGUAAAUAAACUGGAUUAUGAGAAAGAAAAGAAAUAUGUUUUGCAAAUUAAGGCAGCAGAUUUCUUCAACAGCACUUUAAUGGUUAUUAAGAAUUUAACCAUCAACGUUUUAAACGAGAAUGACGAACGACCGAAAUUUCAAAACACCAAUCUUCAAUUUGAUCGCAUUAAAGAGAAUAUAAAUGUAUCCGAUCGACUGCCUACUCUCAUCACUGUAAUAGAUAACGAUGAUGGAGCCAAUAGUAAGAAUUUGACUGUCACAUGCGAUACAAGUUUUCAAUCAUCAUGUGACUACUUCACUGUAAUUCAGAAUAACAAACCUAACAAGAGAAAAUGGGAGGGGUAUUUAUAUUUAAAAAGGAGCAUUAGUCUUCAGGAGUAUAGAAUAAAACUGACAGCCACUGACGGUAAAUAUUCUACAAGUGUGGUAUUUACAAUUCUAGUCGAGGAUAUCAAUAACCAUCCGCCGAAGUUCAAUGACGUUGCCUCACUAAUAGUUAUCAGCGAGGACACAGCUGUCGGCUCUGAUAUCAGUCCAAUUAUUGUAGUUGAAGACGAAGAUGUAAAUACUGGCUACCUGGAGGUAAAAUGUAAUUCACUCAAGGGCAAUGCGUUGGACCCCUGUACGAUAUUUCAAAUAAGGAAAAUGUCUACCAGCACUAACAAUAAAUGGUUCGGAUUGAUUGCCUUGAAGAGAAAGCUGGAUUAUGAAACGUCACCAAGAAAGUUUGUGUUCCAGUUAUUGGCUACAGAUGGGAAGAACGAAAAUAAAUAUAAUAUCACGAUUCUUCUGGAAGAUUCCAAUGACGAACCACCGUCUUUUGUUCCGUCAAAGGAAUGGUCUAUUAAAGAGAAUGCUAAACCUGGAACCUUUUUAGAAGGACCUCUAGAGAUUUCUGAUCUGGAUGAAACUCCUGCUUUUUCUAAUAUUACUCUCACAUGUGAUUCUGCUAAUGGAAAGAGUACAAAAUAGCUGUGAAACAUUCGUAUUCGCAACUCCGACAAGGCGGAACAAAACGAAAUCCUGGCGUACUGAUUUAAUAUUGGCCAAAGCGCUGAAUUAUGAAAGGCGUCAAGUCUACACCAUCCGAUUUAAAGCAA